CAUCACUUUCUAGCACAGUUGGGUAUUUGGUGAGUAUUUUGGCGAGGGUAGCGCCAGAGAACCCAACCCUAAGAAUUUAAACAACUCCAUGUUGGGCUUGAGGGUAUUGUCUAAAUCGGCCGAAAGCAAUAAUGGACGACUACUAAUUAAGUGUAUGAUGUGGUUCUGCGUCAAACCGUGAGUUCUCAACAGAUUCAGAACAGAGUUGGGAUUCUCUGCGCCAAAAGCAAGCACCAUGAAUGGUUUACCUGGUGAUGGAGGAUAAUUUCGUCCACACGAGUGCUUGCUUCGGUGGUCCUUCAGUUGAAUCCAGUCCAGUUGCAAAUUUCUCGGCUUUGCAGACUUUCCCCUGUGAAACAAAGGGUCUACGAACCAGAAGAAGAGGGAGGACGAUGAUCUCAAAUCUCAAACCAGAUAGUAAAACACUGUGGGAGCAGAAGGUGGAAGCUUAUAGGAGUUUUGGUUUGUCAGAGGGUGAGAUUUAUGCAGCAUUCAAGCGGCAACCCAUGUGUAUGGCUCUUUUGGAGAAGAAGAUCAAGAAAAUGAUGGGUUUCUUUGUGAACAAACUGAAGAUGAAUCCUUCGAGGAUGUCAAAGAGACCGAUUCUUCUACUGCAUAGCUUGGAGAAGUGGAUUAUUCCGAGGUGUUCAGUUCUGCAACUUUUGAUGUUGAAGGCUUUGACCAAGGAAGAUACUAGCAUUGUUUAUAUGGUUAAAAUGGCCGAUAAGGAAUUCAUGGUUAAAUUUGUGAGCAAGUAUCAAACUGUGGUCCCUGAUGUUGUGAGAGCACACCAAGGGAAGAUAGAAUUUCAAGGCUCCCCGUUGCACCAAUGGAGACGUGAUUGCUUUUGACAUAAUCAAAUGUGGCAUUGUGUAAAGAUCAUGAGUUCAGAUUUAGUUCAAUAUGUCUGCAGUUGAACGUGUCCUAAAUGCUUUGGGGUUGAGCGGUUUAGUUUUCAUUUAUACUUGCAUUUUUAGCAGUUUGGUCAUAUGGAAUUGGUUGCUCUGUCGCCAAAUAUUGCAGGACCUUUUGUAUAUGUUAUGACAUGUUAACCUUAUGCAUUUUUUUUUAACACCAAAA